AGGACGCGCACGAGGACGUGCCAGAUCUGUACUUGACGCCACAGAAGCAUAAAUAUACGUCUCAGUUCACAUCCUAGCUGUUAAACGAGGAUAUCGCAGUGAGCUUAUCAUGGCUGGUCCUCAGAGCGGCUCGAACGUAACGCGUAAUUUCACAAACCAGUUCGUGCAGCCGCCGUGGCGCGUCGCGAUUUGGUCGGUGGCGUACAGCUCCGUGCUGGCGGUCGCCGUGUUCGGAAACCUCAUCGUUAUUUGGAUCAUUUUGGCCCAUAAACGGAUGCGCACGGUAACCAACUAUUUCUUGCUCAACCUGGCGUUCUCCGACGCCUCGAUGGCCGCGUUCAACACGCUCGUCAACUUCAUUUACGCCACGCACGGAGAGUGGUACUUUGGAGAGGUUUACUGCAAGUUCCACAACUUCUUUCCGGUGACCGCCGUGUUUGCCAGCAUUUACUCCAUGACUGCGAUUGCAGUCGACAGGUACAUGGCUAUAAUUCACCCCCUGAAGCCCCGUCUGUCAGCUACCGCUACCAAAGUGGUGAUUGUCUGUAUUUGGGCUCUGGCGGUGAUUCUGGCUUUCCCGCUGUGUUUCUAUUCCACCACGAGAACUAUGCCUCGCCGAACCGUCUGCUACGUCGCCUGGCCGAGACCUUCUGAGGAUUCGUUCAUGUAUCAUAUCAUAGUAACCGUGCUGGUGUACAUGCUGCCCCUAGUGGUCAUGGGCAUCACCUACACUAUCGUCGGAGUCACACUUUGGGGAGGAGAGAUUCCUGGAGAUUCGUCAGACAAUUACGUCGGACAGCUGCGAGCCAAGAGGAAGGUGGUGAAAAUGAUGAUCAUCGUUGUGGUGACCUUUGCCAUCUGCUGGCUGCCAUACCAUGUAUAUUUCCUCGUUACGGGGUUGAACAAGCAGCUGGUUAGAUGGAAGUUCAUUCAGCAGAUCUAUUUGUCAGUCAUGUGGCUUGCCAUGAGCUCCACCAUGUACAACCCCAUUAUUUACUUCUGCCUGAACAGCAGAUUUCGGGCCGGCUUUAAACGUGUUUUCCGCUGGUGCCCUUUUGUGCGGGUGUCAGACUAUGACGAGCUUGAGCUGCGGGCCAUGCGGCAUAAAGUAGCACGCCAGAGCAGCAUGUACACACUCUCACGAAUAGAGACCACCGUCGUAGCAGCGUGUGACCCCUCGGAGCCAACCGGACAACCAGGCCGGAAGAGCCUUCACAACCACCAGCAUAACGGCUGCUCCAACUCCAAAAGCAAAGAAGUAACGUAUAUGCCGAGUGACCCAAAGGAGGAAUUCUGCUGAGAUGGACUUUGAUGUAAGAAUUAUGUUGAAGUAUCAAGCACAGCCAUUUAACAAAACCUCAUUAUGUAAACUGAAAUGGGGGUGUUGAGAACUGAAACGUAGACUGCUUAUUUGUGUCAUAUCAUUAAUUGAAAAUUGAGUUUAUAACACACAAACAGCAUUCUGUUUUGUGGAGCAUGUCUGUCAAAUAAAAUUUAAGCCACCCCCAGCACUCACCACCACAAAGACCAAUAUUGUCCAACAUCUGAGGAGCACUUUGUCCAUAGCAGAAAUUGUAGAUAGUGGCUGCUCUUUGAUGCCAAUCAGGUCCUGUCCUCUUUCAUCAUGUGUUUAGCAAGGUUAGCAUGCUAUCUGAAUGCCCAAGUUUUGAUUUCUCCCAGGACCUGAACGCUCAAUUCUUGUUAAAAUAUCUAAUGUUUGAAAAGGUUGAGACCGAUCCGGAGCUGGUAAAUGAGCAGGUGUGUUUCCGGCACACGAGCUGCUUGGCUGAAUCGUGUAGGGAAAAUUGUUAGCUUCAUAUUCUCUCCCGUUUAAUCUAAAACAUUUGAUGUAAUUGAGGAGAUGGUAAACCAAUUGUGCAUCACCUUAUUAGCAUAGCAAAGAUCAAUUUUGAAAUUUGACCUUGUUGUAGACAGAGGCGAUGUUUGGAAUAGCUUACUAGCAUAUUAUUACUACUGCAGUAUGUAUGUGCAGAUUUUCUGUUUGCAUGGAAUGACUUGCUCAUUUGGCAUAGAGCACUGCGUGGGAUGCUGUAUCCCAAAAUGCAAUGCGUAUUACUUUUCAUGACCUUUCAUUUUCAAUGUGAUGAAAGAACAGGCAGUUUUCUUUGUUGUUACAUUGCUUCAUUGGUGUGCUGAUCAAAUUUGUAUUUGUUUCUACAAUAACUAGGCAUUAUAUGCGGAAUUAAACAUGCACAGAGCAAGGUCUUGUUAAAAUAAUGUACAAAAUGUUUUUAACAAGACUUUUUGAAAUAUAACAUACAGUGCAUACAUUGUUGUGCAUUUGAUUUGGCCAAAAUACAGCACAUGAAAUACAGCUUAAUAUAACUGAAGUAUAUCUUGGCAAGUAUUUGUUCCUGUGAUGGCAAAGCUGAAUUUUAAGCAUUGUUACUCUAGUCUUCAGUGUCACAUGAUCCUUCAGAAUUAUUUUAAUAUUCUGAUUUGCUGCUCAAGAAACUAUCAUUAUUAGAAUGGAAAGAAUGGUUGUGUUGCUUAAUAGUUUGUAGAAACAGUCAUACUUUUUUUCAGGAUUCUUUGAUGGAUACUUAAAUAGAAUAGCAUUUAUUUGAAGCAUAAGUUUGCUGUAACAUUAGAAAAGUCUUACUGUCAUCAUCGCUAUAAUGCAUCCUUGAUGAAUACUGGACAUAUUCAUUUCUGCAGCGUGGGGUUUGGGUUUUGUCUGGGUCUGUUUCAUUUUCAUGUUUUGUCACGGUUCCUGUUAGUCACAUGCUUACCUUGCACUCAUGUCUCUUUUGCUAUUUGUUCCCUUGUUCUUUGUGUCAUGUUCUGAUUGGCUGCACUAGUCACUGUGUCAUGCUUUCAUUGGUUUCUUCAUGUCAUAUGACCCUCAUUGUUUUGCAUAAGUAGGCAUGGUUCCAUUGUCAUUUUGUGUAUUAAUGUUGUUACCUGCCUGCUGAGUGUAGUCUGUUCAUGUCAAGUUUUUUUAAGCCAAGUCUGUUCUAUGUCUAGUCAACUCUGUUCAAGUCAAGUCAAGUCAAGUCAAGUCAAGUCAAGUCAAGUCNAAGUCAAGUCUAAUCUUUGUCUGUUUGGAUUAUUUGAAUAAAGCUGCACUUAGCUUGUC